AAUACCGACAUCUGACGGUGAGAGGCCAGUAGGCUUUGUUUAAUAUCCGCCAGUAGAAACGCCGCCCUCUGACACUGUGCUGCUACAACGCCCACAGAGAAAGGUUGUCUCUGUAACGCUCCACAAAAACGAAGGUCAAAACUAAUCUCCAAGUUGACAACAGUCGACGCUGAGCCGAGCCGAAUAAAACAUGGCGAACGAUCACAACGACAGGGUGGAAAUGGCACCUCUCACCGGAACUACCAAUCCUGCGGAGGGGGGAGAGGACUCUCCUCCGGGUAGGGGGGAGGACUCCAGCGAGACAGACUCGGAAAAUGGUAACCCUACAGACAAGAAAUGGCUUCUCCCCUCGGGAGCGUUAUUGGGUCGCGUCAUCAGUAAUGUGAACACGUACGCGACGCUAAAGACCGUGGUGCAGGGUCUGAUGGACACAGCUCUGUUCACCAGUAACGCGUCACAGAUGGCAAACCUGCUCAAGAGCAGGGAGACGGACCCUUUCACGAACCUAGAGGUGGCGCGAGUUACCCUGCUGUCCUUCUCCAUGGUUUUCCAAGUGGUGAUCUUCAGUCUGCUGGUGGUUCAGGGCGCGACAAACAUCGAGAAGUUGGAGAAAGACGAGGAAAAGAGGAAAAAACAGGAGGAGAUGCUGAAGGCAACGAAUAUUGCGGCGAUUGUGUUUUCUAUGCUGGUUGUUCUGAUCAACAUAUUCGUCACAAAGUUGGAAUGAAACAACUUUUCAACAGAAAGAAAAACUAAUUUUUAUUAUGAAGGGAAAGACUACAGUUGAGUAUACCAAGGAUAAGGUAUAACUUUUAAACAGACAAAAUACAUUUUUAUUAAGGGUAAAUAUGACUAAGUACUAGUAUACUUCUUAUGGAUAAGCCAUAACUUUUAAAAAGAACAAAUACAUUUUUAUGGUCAAUAGAAAUAAAAUUAUUUAAGUAUAACUCUUGUGAAUAUUAAGUUUGAUAUUAUGUUUGAAGACUUUUUAUGUGACCAUAAAACUAGCAUGCGACUUGACUUUCCAAAUAUGAAUCAUCUGAAAAUAAAAUAAUUUUAGGUAAAACCUAAUGUAUAUUUUUUAAUUUACUGAAUAUACAAGUUCCUUAUGAACUUUUUUCUGUGUCUGUAGUUUUUUUAGACUCCUUUUCAGGGUAGAAAAAAGAGGAAAGAAAUAAAACUAGGAAUGCUGGCAUUUUUGGUAGGGGGAAACACAGCAUAUUUUACUCCACAUUCUUCCCCAUUCCAGCAUGACCUAUUACAUAUCGACCUUUUGCAGAAAUAGACCAUCCCAAAAGUUACUACUUCAACUACUACUACUACGACUACUGUCACUACUACAACUACUGA